ACGCGUUUAUUUUUUUGUUUGACAGAGCGCUGUGACGGGUCCAUGAAAGCUUGGGUAUGUGGUGCGGUGUAGGACAUGCGAUUAGGCCUAUAAUUACUGGUAAGCAGGUAAGCGAGCACCUUUGCGAGGGGAGAGUAGCAAUGGCUGGCUGGCGGCACCCAGCUCCACCUCCAUCAUUCCGUUGCAACACAACCAUCCUCCAUUCUGCCAUUCCCACCCUCUAUCCUUCACUCCUUAGUCUCAGCCGUAUUUCUACUCGUUCCUCUCCUCAGCGGCAUCACUCAUAUUGACUACCGAGCGAGCGCAUGCCGAAGAGAUGUCCCACCACAGGCCUUUCUCCAGGGCCACUUGGAACCUCUACCUGUUCCUGCUCGCUGUCCGCGUCUUCAUCGCCCUCUCACCCGGAUACAUCCACCCGGACGAGUUCUUUCAGUCCGCAGAGAUUACAGCGGGACACAUCUUUGGCAUCCAGGUCGACAUUCCCUGGGAAUACAAGCCGGAGCUGCCCUGCCGAUCCAUCCUUAUCCCAGCAAUAACCACAGGCCUGCCCUACAUUAUCCUGCGCUCUUGGAUAGGCCCUGACCAAGACCACUAUGUCACCACCCGCGCGCUCUUCCUCACACAGCGACUCUCUUUUGUUCUCCUCUCGCUUGUCAUCGACUGGGCUGUGGUUCAAUUGGCGCGCCAGAUCCGAAGAUCACCUUCGAUCGCCCUGCUCCUCGUCUCAUCCUCCUAUGUCACGCUCACCUAUCAUACACAUCCGUUCUCGAAUACAACCGAGACCGUUGUCCUGGCUCUGUGCGCCGUCGUACUCGGAAAGAUUAUUCAGAAACAUGAGGCAUCUAUGUCUACACCAGUACAGUCUUUGACGAAUGCCAAUGUUUCAACGGUGUCUGAGGGCUUAACAGUAGCACCCAACAGCAGCGCUUAUUCGGGGAUAGGCUCGAACCUGAAACCUACACCGACGAUCCUGUCGUUUGGAUUGGGACUCUUAUUCUCGAUCGGUAUCUUUACGAGGAUUACAUUCGUGCUCUAUGGCUUCCCUUUGGGCGUCAUGUUCCUCUACCUUAACAAAGAAGUGUCCUUCAGACGAGGCAGACCACUGUUGACAGGGCUAAGUCAAUUCGUUCAAUCAUGCAUCCCCCUGGCACUUGGCCUCUUCUUCAUGUCCUCACUUGCAAUCAUCAUCGACUCGAUCUACUUCCGCAAACUCAUUAUAUUCAACAAAACCAUUGGGACGCCUCUCUCACUUUCCCAGAUUGUCACCACCCAUCCCAUGGACUGGACAAAUUUAUCUUACAAGGGCUCGUUAACCGUGACGAUGCUCAACAACCUGAAGUACAAUCUGGACGAGAAGAACUUGGCGCAGCAUGGUUUACAUCCAAGGCUCUUUCACUUGCUUUUGAACUUUCCGGUCCUGUUUGGGAACCUGGCCUGGAUCGGUGUAAUCACAGCGGCGAAGAAAGUCAGGGCACGGCAGUAUUCAAGCGAGUCCAGACUUGUUACAGCUGUGGUAUAUUCUGGAAUCUGUGGGAUAUUGUUCCUGUCAGCAAUGCCCCAUCAAGAGGCCCGGUUUCUGAGUCCGCUGAUCCUUCCACUGGUCAUCUCGCUCUCUGGACGAAUAUCAAAGCUCGGACGAAAAUUUUGGCCAUUGUGGCUACUGGUGAAUGGAGUGAUGGCUAUCGUUUUCGGACUUUUCCAUCAGGCAGGGGUAGUGCCAGCGACGGAACUGGUGCAACGACAGUCUUUGGGGUUCCAGGAUUGCAAACCCGUAUCAUCAACUCGCGACCAUAUGCUCUGUCUAACGUCCCCAUCCGAACAAGGAACGUUGCAUAUUGAAGACGGCAUGUCCUAUACAACACACAUUAUCUUCUACAAAACCUAUCUCCCCCCGCACCACCUCUUCGGCUACAGUCUCUCGGCUGCGCAAUCGCACGGCGUUAACUUGACCAUCUCUGACUGGCGAGAAAAAUCUUACAGGGACCUACUCAAGGAUUUGGAUGGAACCGCAGCAAAGCUCGACAGGGCGCUCCUGGAGAGCGUGCGCGAGUCGAGAGGACAGCAGGCUGUUCUCUUUCGGAAGACAGGACCCAUUCAUUAUGAACGGACGGUAUUGAUAGCACCGGCGACGGUCGACUUUUCUACAGAGGAAUUCUACGAGCCCAGAGAGAGAUUCUCGAGGCACGCAAACUUUGACCACGUCCAAGUGUUGUUGCAGCACCCUCGGACAUCUCUAUACCUGAACAUGUUCUACAUCUAGCUACCAUCACCAUGAUCUUAUGCUAUGUCUUCAUACCUAUCAUCAUUAUUUAAAUAGUAAAAUUACAUG